CUUGAGAAGAAGAGCGAAUAGUACCCAGGAGGCGGGCGCAGGAAAAGGGAAUUCCCAGGAAUGCCGAAGAAAUUCCAGGGUGAGAACUCCAAAUCGGCCACCGCGAGGGCCCGUAAGGCAGAGGCCAAAGCUGUCGCCGAUGCUCGCAAACAGAAGGAACUCGAGGACGCACUCUGGGAAGAUAACGACAAACAUGUCAUGAAGAAAGAGCAGAGGAGGGAUGAUAAAGAGAGGAAGCGUUUGGAGGCUCUGGAGAGGAAGAAAGAAAAGCAGAGGCUCUUAGAGGAAGAAGAUUCCCAGAUAAAGGGUAAACAGACAAAAGAAGUCCCCAGUAAAGUGACCCGUGCCCAGAUUGAGGAGAACCUUCAAAGCGUGCAAAAUGUGAAUGAAACCAAGGAAAAAGAGCAAAGCCACUUGGAGAUGCCACUUGAGGAGAAUGUCAAUCGGAUAGUUCUGGAAGAAGGCUCGGUGGAGGCCCGGACCAUUGAGGAUGCCAUUGCAGUUCUCGGCAUUAAGGAAGACCUGGACCGGCACCCUGAGCGACGUAUGAAAGCCGCCUUUGCUGCAUUCGAGGAAGCAAACAUGCCACGCCUUAAAAUGGAGAACCCCAAUAUGCGUCUCUCUCAGCUAAAACAGCAGCUCAAGAAAGAGUGGACAAAGUCCCCUGAAAACCCCCUCAACCAACGUGUGGCCACCUACAACUCCAAGUAAACCAACCUCACAGCACUUAAAGACUGGCCUCGAUGCAGUUCCUAACGAAUACAAAAAAGCACCCAGAUAAAAUUUGGACAUACAAAUAAAGCGAGAGCUGGAAAAAGUAGCAUGCACAACUUUUGUUAGAUUCAUAAGAAUCAAAUUUAUACAUGAACUGUUGAUCCAUCCACAUGAACUCAUCAACAAACUUUUAUUCAACUAAGUAUGCAAUAAAUAUGUGAUUUUUUUUUUUUUUGUUUCUAAUUUGCUCAUCUGCUAGACCAUGGCCCUUUGAAAGCUGCAGAGAAAGUUUCUAGUUUGGCUUGGAUUGAACAAAAGAGUAUUAUAUGACAGCACAGGUUUCCUCCACAUCACAUGUUUUACUGCUGCGUUGAACUCAUUUAUUUAUGUAAAAAUAUGCAGAACAUGUAAUGGAGUGGUCAACCUGAAGAAAGUGUUGUUGUUUUUCAUUUAGUCUAUGCAUGGUGAUCGUCAGGGUUCAGCUUGGUUUGAUAAUUAUGGAGAAGAGAAAAAUUAUCUGGAAAAAAUGCCUUUAAGAUUAUGAUAGCAAUGUUUUUGCAUUGAUCAUAUAUACUUUUGUUUUGAAAUUGUACUUUGGACUUGUAUGGACAAAGUUUCCCAAAGGUAAGAUGUUGGAUUCCAAUUCACAUGUGUAGCGUUAACUGGAUACUGCAGCUCAACACAGAUGCCAAGCAGUACUAACACAUUGUGGGUUUGCUUAGCAUCUGUUGAGGAAAACAAACACACACUCUGUGGCUCUUGGAAAAAAUUCAAUAAAAGGAAGGAUGAA